AUGGAUAACGUCGAAGAUAUAACUAUUGAUAUCGGUAAUGAUGAUGAUCGAGAUGGUGAAGAGAAAAACAAUUUAAGAAAUAUUGAUACAGCAUCUCCUCCAUCGGAAAAUGACAAAAUUCCAACAUUUCAAACAGCAAAUAUUCGUAUUGCUCAAAAUUUUCUUAUUGUUUGGUUAGACAAAAUUUUUAAUGAAGUUGAUCAUGCUGAUUGUAUUGAUAGUAUUACACAACUAAGAGAAAUAGUGAAUACUGUACAGAUAUUUUCAAAUAUUGAUCAAUGCAUUGAUUUUAUUUCUAGUAUUGAAGAUGAAAAAAUUUUUAUAAUUUCUUCCGAAGAAUUUGGUCAAACUAUAGUUCCUAUUGUUCAUGAUAUGUCACAAAUACAUUCAAUUUAUGUUUCUUCGGAACAAACAAUACAAGAUGAAGAAUGGAUUGAUGAAUGGUCGAAAAUCAAGGGUAUUUUUAAUAGUAUUACAUUAAUUUGUGAAGAAUUAAAACUUGCUGUUGAUGUUUGUGAUCAAAAUUCUGUUCGUGUUAGUUUUAUUAAAUCAGCUGAUAGAUUUGCAAAUAAAAGUUUAGAUGAACUUGAUCAAUCUUUUAUGUGUAUACAAAUAUUAAAAGAAAUUUUACCAGAAAUUGAUUUCGAUCAAAGCCAUUUUAAAGAUUUUAUUAAAUAUUGUCGAGAAGAAAUAUUUGUCAAUAAUGAUGCUGAAUUAUAUAAUGUUGAUAAACUUGAACAAGAAUAUCAUCGUCGUGAUCCAAUUUGGUGGUAUACAUCGAAUUCUUUUCUAAAUUCAAUGCUCAAUAGAGCAUUACAUACAAUGGAAAUUGAUUUGAUUAUGAAAAUGGGCUUUUUUAUUCGAGAUCUUCAUCAAAAUAUUACCGAACUACAUGCUGAACAAUAUAAGAAACAGAAUCGAAAGAAUUCUUUUACUGUAUAUCGUGGUCAAGGUUUAUCUCAGGUAGAUUUUGAUGAAUUGAAAGAAACACAAGGUGGAUUAAUGCUGUUCAAUAAUUUUAUAUUGACAAGUCUAGAUCGUGCAACAUCACUAGCUACUGCUGAAAGUAGUCAAGAAAAUCCUGAUUAUGUAGGUGUUGUUUUUGAAAUAACUAUCAAUCUAUCAACAUCAUGUACUUCAUUUGUUAAUAUUCGUGAUGUUAGUUAUUUUCAAAAUGAACAAAAAAUGCUCCUUACAAUGCAUUCAGCUUUUCGUAUUGGACAAAUAAAACAAAUUGAAGGAGAUACUGAUCGUCUAUGGCAAGUUAAUUUAACUUUAACGAAUAGUAAUAAUAAUUUACAAUUAAAUCAUUUAACUGAACAUAUACGAAAAGAAAUUGAUCCUAAUCAUAAAGGAUGGUAUCAAUUAGGUUAUUUGAUGAUUAAAUUAGGUAAAUUUGAUAAAGCUCAACAAGUGUUUGACAUUAUGCUUGAGCAAACAACUGAUAUAAAUGAGAAAGCAAAGCUUUAUCAUGCACUUGGAUUGGUUAGUCAUAAUCAAGGAAGACAUCAAGAAGCGAUUGAAUUUUUUGAAAAUUCAAUCGAAAUCAAUCAGCAAAUUCUUCCACCAAUACAUAUCGAUUUAGCGGCAUCUUAUAAUGGUCUUGGUUCUGUAUAUAAUAGUAUGAAUAAAUAUUCUCGUGCAGUUAUGUAUUAUGAAAAAGCAUUUCAAAUCUAUGAAAAAACUCUUCCUUCUGAUCAUUUGGAUUUAGCUGAUUUAUACAAUAAUUUUGGAGAAGUAUAUAAUAAUAUGCAAGAAUAUUCUGAAGCACUUACGUAUUAUGAAAAAGUACUUGAAAUUAAACAAAAAGCACUUUUUCCAAGCCAUCCUGAUUUAGCUACGUGUCAUAGUAAUAUUGGUUUGUUACAUAAUACCAUGGGUGAAUAUUCGAAAGCACUUUUUUCUCAUAAAAAAGCACUUGAAAUUCGUCAAAAAUCUCUUGUUCAAAAUCAUCCAAAUCUUGCUAUAUCCUACAAAAAUAUUGGAGAAGUAUAUUAUAAUAUGCAAGAAUAUUCUGAAGCACUUAUUCAUUAUGAAAAAGCACUUGAAAUUGAACAAAAAGAAUUUACUCCAUAUCAUGCUUCUUUAGCCGAUACUUUCAAUAGUAUUGCAGGUGUAUAUGAUGAAUUGGAUGAACAUUUAAAAGCACUUACAAAUUAUGAAAAAGCACUUUACAUCUUUCAUGAAAUACUUCCACCAAAUCAUCCUUCUUUUGCUAUUUCUUAUAAUAAUAUUGCAGGAUUAUAUGAUGCGAUGGAAGAUUAUUUACAAGCACUUCUAUAUUAUAAAAAAGCACUUGAUAUUUCUUAUAAAACAUUUCCUUCGAAUCAUCCUUAUUUUGCUCCACUUUAUGGACAUAUUGGAAUGGUAUAUGUUCGAAUUGGUGACCAAAUAACAGCGCUUGAAUAUUAUGAACGAGCUCUUGAAUUAUCAGAACUAUCAUUACCUUCGAAUCAUCCUCAUCUUAAAUUAUAUAAAGAAAGUAUCGAAUAUAUAAAAAAGAACUUAUAA